GUCACCAUAUCACCUUUACCCUGACGAGAAGACGCUGGCCAUCAGUGGCCGCCGGCAUCCACGCGACGCUGGCCGCGCUCACCUUGACCUGCAGCAUUCCUCGGCAAACCAGCACAUAGCCGCCGAUCUCCUCCAGAAGACGUCUCCAGCCAACGUCAGCUCAGCGUUGGCGUCUUGAAACUCGGGAGGCAUGUACACUUCUUGGAGUCUCUGCUGAUAGGUGGAGAGAGGCUCCGUCCCAUCCCCGCGGCGAUACACUCCCAGCCCGUAAUCUGCCGGGGCGACACGCAGGUUAAAGGUACGCCAUUCCUCUGGCGAUGUCGGUGGCGAAGGAGAACCUAGGAGGUGCUGAUGUCAUGGCCGUAUUGCUCUAAACAGUAUGCUGUGGCCAGCUUACCUGAAGCCCCAGUUGAGUGGGAUCUCCUCAUUGAGCAGGACGUCAUUGAGGCUCCCUUUGGGGCAGUACUCGGUCACUAUGGCAACGUUCGGCACCUGGACGCAGCCUCCGAUGAACUUGCACAAGUUGGGGUGGUCCAACUCCCUGGACACACGCAAGCUCUGUUUGGAAUCUAGUCGGACUCAAAUUGUUGCAAAACUAUCCGCGUACAGUGACGAGGGAUUAUGGAAUGAUGCCGUUUCCAUCUUGUGACGUCUUACCUGACUUGCUUGACUUCCUGCCUGAUGCUCUUGGAUAGAGAAAAGGACUUGCUGGGAAUCUUCUUGAUGGCCACCGUCCUGCCAUCGCUGUAAAACACCGACACCACUUGCCUUUGUGUCCAAGGGUGAAAGGUCAAAGGUUUGAGCGUACUAGAUCCCCGUGCGGGUGAAGGUGAUCUUCUUGCUUCCCGCUUGCCCCCCGCAGGAAGUGAAGGCCGUCAUGCAGCUGGUGUUGCUGUCGCUGUGAGCCACGGGCACGCUCAUCAAACUGCUCAUGGUCACCCGCGCGUGGUGGUCUGCUGCGGCAAAAGACCCCUAAUGAGUAGUUGCUGCUCGGCCGUGGCGGAUUUCCGUACCUUGCUUGAUGAGGUCAAAAUCGAUGAUCCAGCUCUCAUCCCACAAGAGUUUCUGCUUCUGGUACCUCAGCCACUAAACACACAGCAGACACGCUCAGAGGCACGCACGUGGCGGCGGCCCGAGGCCAUUUCUCACCAUGGCGGUCAGGACGAAGCAGAGGCACAGAAGGCUCAGCGGCAGUCCAAUUGCCAAUUUGGCCAACGGGCUCAUGGGGCAUUCGCCACAGUCGGCAGAGCAGGUGGAGCAAUGCUCCUCCUCCUGGCACUCGCCGUCGCCGCAGACUGAAACGGCCCGAAAGGUGGUUAGGUGUCGACGUUGCGGCGGCAUUCGUCUCGUACCUGUGGAGGGCAGCACGGUGCUCUUGGCCUCCAGAGCCACCUGCAUUUGGCCCACUCGGAUGUGAGCGAUGAGGGAAGUCAGGCCCACGUGGAGCAGAACCACCUGGGAGAAGGUGACGCGCCUUCAUGAGGCCGCUCAUCCCCCGCCGUGCUGCCCGUCAAAUCUGUCUCACCUUGGCGCUCCAGUUGGUCUGUGUCAUCUUGCCCGACGUGGAGAUGGUGUGCGUGAAAAUCUUUCCAUCAUCGGGAAUCCACGGACCGCAGAUGGUCUCUGAAGUCUGGAAACAAGUAUGAGCGAUCGGUGCACGGGGCCCAACCGCCCGUCCGCCCGCCCGCGUAUGCUCGUGCGGGUCAGUACCAUGUACGCCAGCGGACAGGAGUGGAUGUUGGCAUGAUGAAUGCAGCAGUUUUCACCGUCGGCGUCCUUCCAGUUGGCGGGACACUCGUGAUGCUCGCAGAACCUCCGAGCGUCUUCCGCGUCCACUAUGGAACUGAACACGUGUACGGUCAAGCAUACAUGUGCGCACGCCUGCCGGCAGUGCCCGCGUGUGCAGAGCUACCCGUGAGGGAAGAUGCGGUUGUCCACGGCCCAGCUGUAAAAAGAGUCAUGGACGGAGACCGAGUAGAUGACGCUGAACACCUCGCCGCUCUUCACCGUCUCGGGAGGCCGCAGUACCCACGCCAUUUCCAGACCUGCGCGCGACACGGCGCCGUUAGCGCUGCCCGCACCGGCAUGCCUGGAUGCGAUGAAGGCUCUCACCUCCGCAACUGAUCAUGUUGGAGUCGUUGGGGCGCUCCAGAGGCCAGCAGUCGUACUCGCUGUUGUCGAGAUCGUGCCAGGAGAACGCGGGACAAGAUGGAGGCGGUUGGUGAAAGGUCUCACCCAGAAGAUGUAGCACAGGUUGCUCCUCAUGACGGACCAGACUAGACCGGGAUGGUAGAGGAGGUACAACUGUAAUCAGAGCCAGGAUGGAGAGAUUCAAGGAGGAUGCAGCAGACCCGACCAAAACGGAGCAGGACGUGUGCAGCUGUUGGACGUCUGAGUCCCUGAGUGAGUGUUGAGCAGCAGGUUCUCACUUUUCGUCCUUUUGAACAUCAAGCGGUAAUGUUGCCCUCCGCUGGAGAACACUGGUAGUACAGCUUGUGUUACCAUUUUUUUUUUUUUAGGCCGUCUUUUUUUGUCUGACUAAACACACUUUACACAUAAUAGCAUUUUUUCUAUAAAUCUUUUUUUUUUGAUCAUGUCAUUUUUAGUAAGACGACCUACGGCUUGACUUUAUUCAAUAAUGAUUUACACAUCUGCAUAUACAUCAGGCUGAACAAACAUGAUUUGAUUCAAUCUGCUAUGGCUGUAGGUUUUGUCAUACUCCAUCACAUGCGAAACGUAAAAGUUCUCCAAAGCCCAAAUUUUUUAAGGUUAUUAAAUUCAAAGAAACAACAAAUCUGAUUACGUGGAUAAUCUUAAUACAUCUCAACAUCUUAAUAAUAGAAUUAUCUGUAUUAUUUUUUUCAGUUAUUUGAUUAAUCUAAUUUGAUUCUAAAUUCGAAUCUAAAUUUCAAACCUCUAUUACUCUACACAAAAACAGGUCAUUAUUUCAAAACGACAUUGCCCAAAAUGCCCAAGCUUCAGUUACAGUACUGCUUUGCCACCUUUAUCAUGUAGCUUGCCACUAGGGGGCGCCAAAUUCAAGCUCCUGCUCUAGCCAUUGGAAUUCCACGAUGACAUUUUGCCAAAACUUAAAGUAAAAGCCCAAUUUGCGUUGCAAUAAAACGUUCAUUGUAAUUCUUUGAAAUUUUCCAUGACACAAUAACACAGUAGUCAUUUCCCCCAUCCCUUUAGCUGCUGAUUAGCCGCCAUUGCUCAAUCCCGGUGCGGUCGCCCCCCAACACCAAACGCCCAUACAAACAGUGGCCGUAUUGUCGCUUGCGAGGCAGCCUCAGGCAGGCAUGAGUGCAGACAGGUAGCAAAAGAAGUGUGAUUAAGUUUAAUGAUAGCAUUGCAGCAGUCAGAGAGAGUGCACGUGUAAUUGUGUGUUCCUGGUGAUGGCAACCAAGUCCCCAAAUGAUCCUCUUUCUUUGCCACUUGUCCACUCCAACUUCCCAACACUUCCACCUCCACCCGCCCAGUGUGCAUUGGUUUCGAAUGGAAAAAAUGAUUUACACUAAUUGUACCGUCCUAUUGAGUUAUUUGUUUUCCUAAAAUGAGAAUGAGCCGUCUUUACAAAGCUUGCAGGGCUUUCAAAAGUAUUACAUUUGAUCUGGAGAGUGAGCUCAUCUCCGGCGCUGUCGCACACAACAAAAUGAAAAGGAGUGAAAUGCAAGGCGAUAAUGACACUUCCAACGUUCAAUUUGAAAAAAAGAAAAAGCCUUCGAUUCACAUUAGACUGAAAAGAAAAAAAAAAAAACAGCUUAGCUCGACUGUUGCUAACAGAUUUAGUUACCGUUUUUUUCCAUGUAUAAUGCGCCUCCAUGUAUAAUACGCACCCUAAAAAUGGCAUGUUGAUGCUGGAAAAAAGCCUGUACCCAUGUAUAUAUAAUACGCACCCAAAUUUUGACUGCUCCUUUUUCUGAAAAUUAUUUCAGAAAAAAAAUCAUCUUUGGGAACAACCGGAUGUUAUUCUGCCGGUCGGUAUCACUGCGCAUGCGCUAGCAAACUCAAUAGCGAAGAAAUGUUUCGGAUUUGUGUAGGGUGCAUUGUGACAGCAAACGAGCAGGUGAUCGGGCAAGCGUCUGAUACGAGAGCAUUGUGUUCGUCUGGAGCGUGUUUGAAGGGAACAGCAGAGAAGAAAGCGCAUCUGUAAUGGCGGCCUCCGUAUCAUAUCCGGAUAAAAUAAAUAAAUUAAUUUGUACCCAUGUAUAAUGCACACCCCAGAUUUUAGGACAAUAAAUGAGUUAAAUUUUGCGCAUUAUACAUGGAAAAACACGGUAGAUGCAGUAGAAAUACUUAGUUACUGUCCUUAAGUACACACUGCCUGGGAACUUUUACCGACUACAUUUCCUGAAAUGAUCUUGAAUUUGAGGAGGUCUUGGAAUUAUUCCCCGCACUGACUUAAAACGCACCGAAGCGCUGGCGCACUUGAGAUGUUGGAUACUGAACCAGGAUUUCCUUGAAAUUGUUCUCCAUGAUCUCACAGAACUCCUUCCAUGCCUGACUUUUUGCCUCAGUAACCGUCAAAACCGCCUUUUGCUUGACAGGACUCGUUUCUUAGCUUGAUGGUGUUGCUCAUGUCCACCGACGGGUUUGGGAAUUGUUGCCCUGACAGGCACCGGGCCAUUGCACCAGUCAGCCACCUCAACGAUGGAGUCACGGAACAUGGUCCACUCGGAUUCAAUGCCCCCUCGCCUAGGACGUGGUCAGAGUGGAGAGGGAACUCUGCCAGACAGUCCUUCAGACCUUCACAAUACGUUUCGGUAUUCGCCACUGUCUGCUUCGGGGGCUUUACAAGGGCUGAGGUUAAUGUCAGUGGCGGAGCUAUGAGGGGAGGCACGGGGGCACUGGCCCCCCACAAAUAUGCUUGGACCAGAUAUCCGACUAGAUACUUGACUUUUGGAUUUUUCAAUAUAGUUUUUGAUUUCGUUUUCAAUCAUUUUAUUUAUUAGUAGUUUUUUUUAAAUUGCUUCAUUUCAAAUGAGUUUUUAUCAGUUUUAGUAUUGGUUCUACUAAAAAAUAAAUCUAGCAUUUGUCGAGUGCGAGAUAUAAAAAAAGGCUCACUGUUUUGCGAUAAAAUCUAGUAAAUGACAUUCUUCUGUACGGACGUUGAGCAAUAUUGAAUAAAAAAAAUACAUUAAUGUAAACAAAAAAGUUGAAGUGUUAAUUUGUUAGGUUGGGUUAUAACCUUUGUCUGGACAUUGACAAAACAAAAGCUAAUAUUGGACCAAAUAUCACCACCUUAAUUGUCUUUUUAGUUUCUAUGGACUUUCCGGCCUUUUUGGAGGAUAAUUGAGAUAAUCCCUCCAGGAUGGAUUUCCUCUCUUUCGUGUCAUCUAUAUUAAACGGAUUUUAUGGAUUAGAUGCUUUUCUCUUCCGUCUCUUUAUGUAAUGUGGAACACAUUCCAAGGCUUUACUCUGCUAAUUGAUGGACAUAACGUCGCUCGCCUCAUGUUUCCACUUGAUGGUGUCGUGUGUGUGUGUGUGUGUGUGUGUGUGCGUGCGUGUGCGUGCCGAAUCUUCAGUGAGUGUCGCCAUAUGGAAACUCCACUUUCCUCCCGUCAAUCUAAAUUAGUCAAGUGUUCCGGCUCCAAGGGUGUGUGCGUGAGGCAUUGUCACGAUUUUUGGCACACACACCGAAAUAAGUCGAUUGCGUUAUGUGAUAGCUUAUCGGUGGUGCACAUUUGAGAUUUCCACACGUAUGUAUGAAUAUAGUGUGUGUGUGUGUGGGGGGGGGGGUCAAUAUUUUGGGGAGGGGCCGGGGUGCUAUGGGAAACUUUGCCUCAUCCUCUCCUCACAUUAUCACAGUCCAGAAUAACAUGGACUAAACACUAGAAUACAAUUCAUAUAAUGUAACACACACACACACACACUCACAGAUCUUAAAGUAACAGUAAUGACAGGGACGCCAUGGUAACCGGGGUAACAAAGGUCCUAUGAAUUAAUACAAACAUCAGUCAGCCCUGCUGAGUCACAGUGUUUGUGCAUGUGUAUUAAGUGGGUGUCCCCUUGUUGAGGGGGGAAAAAAAAAAAAAAAAGGUCCCCCACGUUUAAUCUGAGGAGGCCAUUCACUCGUGUUCCGUCGCUGCCACUAACUGUCACCGCAAUAAUUGUGUGUGUGUGUGUGUGCAUGUAAUUGGGGGUUUGGAUGAUGAUGAUGAUGAUGAUGUCACAAAUUCCACAUUUCCAUAGCCAGAUUGAGAAUGUGUGGGGUAGUGGGGCCAUAAAUUGAUCACUACGUUUUCCUGCUUUGUGUGUGUGCACGUGUGUGUCAUUUGGAAACCAUCACAGUGAUCAAAUCGUUGACUUUUUAUUGUCACAUUGGAAUUUUCAUUUCAUCUUCUUUUAGGCUGUGGAGCUAUGUGCCUUUAAUAAUUAGCUCAAAUUAAACUCGACAAAUCUUUAAAAUUUCUAACCAGAGAUGGAACUUUUCUAAAUGAUUUUAGCACUGAUAUUGAAUCUGAGUAAUAAUAAUAAUUUAUAUAGUAAUAAAAAUGUAUAUAGUACUUUACUAUUAAAUGUAGUCAUUUAUUAAUGAAGGGUUAGUUUCAGCAACAGGUGGAAUUUUUGUGCUGAAACGUCAGAGCUAUAAAUUACAAUCAUGUUAAAAUUUAUAUUGUGCAAGCUUAAAAAAAAAUUCAUCUGAAUUUUUUGGUUAUAAAUUUAUUUACAAACGAGAGCACCAAAUGAAAUUAUUUGGAGCCAGAUAAUUAUUUUGUAUAGUAUACAUAAUGCUGUGUGUGUGUGUGUAUGGUGCCAAUGCAUUGAUGGAAAGUCUAAUCUAUUUUUCCUUUGUGUCAAAGAGACCCCCCCCCCCCCCCUCCCGCCACCCCCUUUAAAGGUUUUUGUGAGGGAGGUGGUACCCUGGCUGACAUGCUAACACGCCGCUGUUGGAGGACAAAGAGCAGCAAAGGACAUUUUGGGAAAAAUUCUUACCCUCAACUCCAGAAGGAUAAAAGUAAAAAGGGGACCUGAAUGGAAAAAAGAUUGUGGGCGUGUUCUUAGCUAUAAUUGGACUCUCUUGUACCUGCUGCUGGCAUCACCACAUGAGCCUCACAACACACAUAAACACACACACACGCAUACACACACCCAGGCUUACACACACCUCCGUGCUGCUGUCAAGUUGUGCUCUCCACUCUGCAGGUAAGAAUUGAAUUGAAUUUUUACUUUACAGAAAUCAAGUUUUUUUUUUCAUUCAUUUUUUAUGUUAAAUGCUUCUAUACAAAUUAUGUGUUUUUUUUUUUUUGUCAAGAAUUUUUUUGGGGAGUUUCAAGUUUGGUUGGUGGUUCGCUUGUUUACAUCUAAGAGUUUUCAUUCAUUCCGAUUGCACUUGAUGACACUUUUAAUGAUACAAUGAGCACACAAAGUCCACACACACACACACACACACACACACACACAGUUUUGCAACCAAAACAUCAACUCUAAAAAUGUGAACAUGCUUCUAAAUACAAACCGCAGGCAUGAAAAUCCUUCAGAGAAAAAAAACUUGGGUACCCCCCCUCGCCAUUCCAAGCAGUUGACACAAAGUUAAUUAUGCCUCACAUACACACACAUAUAGUCAGGAUCAUUUAGCUGGAGUGUAAAAUGGGGGUGCCCUGUGGUCCCGUUGGAAGGAAACCAAAUGGCAAAGGUCAGGCCGAGCAAAUUACUGUGAAAACCUGACUUGUUGUUUAAAUUCUGUGUAAAACCAGUCUGUGUGUGUGUGUGUGUGUUUAUCUUGGGUUGUUAUAGUAAGUCUUUGCCGCAUCUCAUUUAUGAUUAACCUUGGCCAUGAGAACGUUUUUUGGCAGUGACUAGCGCAUCCACCUGCGUCUGUUUGUUUUGUCCCAGAUGUCGCACCCGAUGAGCUUCAACGUGUGUUUGCUGGUGCUGCCGGCAAUGUCACUGCUGCUCUUCUCUCCCAUCGGUCGGAGCGACGAGAACGUCACCCUCAGCCCGGGCUGUCACUUGCAUCCUUUCAACGUGAGCGUGCGCAGCGACCAGCGGGGCACCUGUCGAGGCACCUACCUGGUGCACGCCUGUGUGGGCUACUGCGAGUCCAGCGCCUUUCCAUCCAGGUACUCGGUGCUGGUGGCCUCCAACUUCACGCACAACGUCACGUCAGCGGCAAGAUGUUGCACCAUCACCAAGGAGGCAAAGGUCAAAGUCCGCCUGGAGUGUCCCGGCGGGCGUCACCACGACGAGUUGGAGAUCCUGACGGCCAAGGCGUGCCGCUGCGACAUGUGCCGCACGUCCCGCUAUUGACUGCAACCAGGAUCGGAACCGACCAUUACACUUGACGUGCACUAAAGAAAAUACAGCACUAGGGAAAAUCAGGUUUCCUAUUUCCGCAGUUGGUUCAGAAAACGGAUGGACUUUGAAAAUGUCGUGUACAAUCCACUUCAAAACAGGAGCGGACAUUUUGGAUAGAAUUACACAAUUUACAAUAAUCGCUAACCAUGAACAAAAAAGACUAAAGAAUGUAAAAGCAUCAAAUAUUUAUUUGAUUUCAAUGGGUUUUAUUGUAAAUUAUAUAUUUUGGAGGAACCAAAGAGUUUGAAAUGGCAGGAAAUGUAAAGGAAAAGGUACAUAUUUUGAAUAUUUUUUACAUUGUGUGAAUUAAAGCAAAAGACUUUGGAA